UAGAUCUGUGCAGAGAUGGUGUCCAAUCAGACGCGUUUUUCCGGAUUUUUCCAACAUCCGCACGAGCCGCUCUUUCUGCCGAAAAACAACGGCGCCUUGUUCUACGAUGUUCCGGACAGUUAUUACACCGACCGCUACCGUGGCAUCGGACCGAACUUGGCCAACCGAUUCGGGGAGAAUGCCGGCACACGGAUUCCGAUCAUGGACAUUGGCACGCCGGACAUAAGUUUCGCGAUGGCGGUUCGGAGACGCGAGGGAUUCUCGUUGUUCAACCGGACCCAUCGUGCGAUUGCUGGCCAGUUGAUCGAACGGUUCAUGAGCCAACCGGACGUGGACACGUUGGCUUCGUUUGCUGCGUUUUCACGGGAUCGACUCAAUGCUCCGCUGUUCCAGUACGCGCUGGGAGUGGCACUGCUUCACAGGAGGGACACCAGGGAUGUGGCGGUGCCGUCGUUUUUGCAACUGUUUCCGGAUAGGUUCGUGGAUCCGGCGGUUUUUCCGCGUCUACGCGAGGAAGGCAUGGUCGUCGAGCAGGGAAAUCGGAUGGCUAUCGAUAUUCCGAUGAACUUCACCGCGUUGGAUCGUGAGCCGGAACAGCGUCUUGCGUACUUCCGCGAGGACAUUGGCGUGAAUCUGCACCACUGGCAUUGGCAUCUGGUAUACCCGGGAAUGGGUCCUCGUGAGGUGGUUGACAAGGAUCGCCGGGGUGAGUUGUUUUAUUACAUGCAUGGUCAACUCGUGGCACGAUAUCACUUGGAGCGGUUCUGCAAUGGACUGGGCAGAGUAGCUCCUUUGAACAAUUUACGUCAACCUAUUCGGGAACCAUACUAUCCCAAAAUACUGCGAAGUGCGAAUAAUCGUACCCAUCCGGCACGGUACCGGAACAUGGUUCUGAGUGACGUGGUUCGACCGGAUGACGAUGUCAACAUUACCCUCGCGGACAUGGAACUGCAAUUGCGGAGAAUCGUGGAAGCGAUUGAUACGGGAUUCGCUCUUAGCGCAAACGGAGACCGGAUUCCGCUGGACAACCCAAAAGGUAUCGACGUUCUUGGAAACAUCGUGGAAAGCUGUUUACUGACUCCAAAUGAGACCUACUACGGUGACGUGCACAACAGUGGUCAUAUCGUGCUGUCGUACAUCCACGAUCCGGACGGGACCUACCUGGAGAGCUACGGAGUCAUGGGAGACGUCACUACGGCCAUGCGCGACCCAAUCUUCUACCGCUGGCAUGAAUACGUCGACGAAAUCUUCCGACGACACAAGAAUCAUUUCUCACCAUACGUCUACCAAGAUCUGUCCUAUCAUGGAAUUACAAUGUUGAAGUUAGAAACCAGGCUGGAAAAACGAGGUGCUCCCAACAAUCUGUGGCUUACAUUCUGGCAACGAUCGCAGGUCGACCUCGGCGCAGGACUUGAUUUUGGCCCCCAGGGGAACGUCUUCGCUACAUUUACUCAUCUUCAGCAUGCUCCAUUUGUGUUUCAACUGCAGAUUAUCAACGCCGAUAACAGACCACGUCGUGGAACCGCUCGAAUUUACCUCGCGCCAAAGUUCGACGAAAGAGGCGUUCCGUUGUCGUUUGAAGAUCAACGACGCUACAUCGUGGAACUGGACACGUUUAGAGUCAGAUUGAACCCGGGUGUGAACAACAUCGUCCGGCGAUCGGAUCAGUCCAGCGUGACGAUCCCGUACGAGCGGACCUUCCGCAACGUGGCGAUGUCCAACGAGCCGACGGGCAGUGACCAGUUCCGGUUCUGCAACUGUGGUUGGCCCUCGCAUAUGCUCAUCCCCAAGGGCACGACCAACGGGACCACCUACGAUCUGUUCGCAAUGGUUUCGGACUUUACCGGGGACGUGGUGGAUGUCGAUUUUGACGAAUCUCGCGACUGUGACGAUGCGCAUUCAUUUUGUGGCAUUCGGGAUCGGCUUUUCCCGGAUGCUCGCAACAUGGGGUAUCCCUUCGAUAGGAAAGUUUCGUCGGAUGUGAAGAGUUUCAUCGACUUUGUUGCUCCGUUCCCGAACAUGAGCGUCUCGACCGUGACGAUUCGAUUCACCAACACCGUCAUUACUGUGACGAUGGUAUCCAACAGCACCAAGUUCCACGGGCUGCUGCAGCGCCCGUACGAGCCCGUGUUCUUGCCCAAGUCGGGCGGUCAGGUUUACUUCGACGUGCCCGAUUCGUAUCUGACCGAUCGGUACCGCCCGCUGGGUCAAUCGCUGCAGAACCGGUUCGGAUCCAACGUGCAGACGCGAAUUCCCGUGCAGAACAUUUCCACACCCGAUAUCGGCUUUGCUCAGUCGGCCGUUGAUCGUCGGGGUGGAUUUUCCGUGUUUAAUACGGCCCAUCGACAAGCGGCAGGUCGGUUGAUCGAGCUGUUUUUGAGCCAGAGCAAUCCGGACCAGCUGUGCGCGGUAGCCGCCUUUUGCCGGGAUCGCCUCAACGGACCACUGUUUCAGUAUGCUUUGUCGGUGGCGUUACAACACCGGCCAGAUACGACGGAUGUGCCGAUUCCGAGCUUUUUGGAGCUAUUCCCUGAUCGGUUUAUCGAUCCUACGGUGAUACCGCAGAUGCAGGAAGAAGGUCGAAUCAUCAACCAGGGCGAUCGCAUGGCCAUCGACAUCCCAAUGAACUACACGGCUUCGGAACGGGAGCGGGAGCAGAGGAUGGCCUACUGGCGCGAGGACAUCGGAGUAAACCUGCACCACUGGCACUGGCACCUGGUGUACCCGGCUGAGGGUCCCGAUACCGUUGUGCGCAAAGAUCGUCGCGGUGAACUUUUUUACUACAUGCACCAGCAAACGAUGGCUCGGUACAACGUGGAACGAUUCUCCAACGGGCUACCUCGGGUGGCGGCACUAGCUAAUCUGAGAGAACCCAUCCCGGAAGCGUACCAUCCGAAGAUUACCCGCAGUUCAAAUAAUCGAUCGUAUCCUGCUCGAGGAAAGAACCAGUAUCUGACGGAUUUGAACCGCGUUGAAGAUCAGGUCAUCGUAACGAUCGUAGACAUGGAGAUGUGGACCACCAGAAUCUUCGAAGCCAUCGAUAGUGGAGUUGCUAGAUCGACCAAUGGCCAGCAAAUCCAGCUGGACAACAAAAACGGCAUCGACGUCCUUGGAAACAUGGUUGAAAACUCAGCCCUCUCCCCGGACGUCAACUACUACGGCCGGCUGCACAACGAGGGCCACAACAUGCUGGCGUACAUCCACGAUCCGGACAACUCGUUCCUGGAGGGGUUCGGCGUGGUCGGAGACAACACGACGGCCAUGCGGGAUCCGGUGUUUUACCGGUGGCACCAGCACGUGGACGACAUCUUCGAGCGGCACAAGCGGCGGUUCAAGCCGUACACGAAGGCGGAGCUCGCCCACCCGGACGUCGAGAUCGACGAGUUUGCCGUUCAGCUGAACCGCGCCGGCACCAAGAACAACAUUCUGCUGACGUUCUGGCAGCGGUCCCAGAUCGACCUGGGCACCGGGCUGGACUUUGGCCCCGAGGGAAACGUGUUUGUGACGUUCACUCACAUUCAGCACGCCCCCUUUAGCUACCGGAUUAAGGUCAAGAACGAGGCGAGUGGUGCCAAGCGGGGCACCGUUCGAAUCUUCAUCGGUCCCAAGGUGGAUGAGACGGGUCGGACGAUUGCGUUCCGGGACCAGCGCCGCUGGAUGAUCGAGUUGGACAAGUUCACUGUGAAUUUAAAUCCAGGAGAUAACAACAUCGUUCGCCGGUCGGAACAGUCCAGCGUGACCAUCCCGUACGAGCGGACCUUCCGCAAUGUGCUUGCCUCUAGCCAGCCAAACAACGACCAGUUCCGGUUCUGCAACUGUGGCUGGCCCGCGCACAUGCUCAUCCCGAAGGGCACAACCCAGGGCACCAGUUACGACAUGUUUGUGAUGAUCUCCAACUUUGCCGAUGAUACGGUGAACCAGGAAUUUGACGAAAACGUCAACUGCAACGAUGCCCAUUCGUUCUGUGGACUGCGCGAUCGUCUCUACCCGGACGCCAGGAACAUGGGCUUCCCGUUCGACCGGGCCACGGCAUCCUCGGUCAACAGUCUGAAGGACUUUGCGAAACCUUACAAAAACAUGGCCACAACUUCGGUCGAAAUACGGUUCACAAACACGGUGAUUUCAAGGGUUUAAAGUUCUUUUAUUGCUUCGCUCUAUCGCACUACGAUCACUAACGGAAUGCACACACAGUUAACUAAUGAUUGACAAUAAAACGCGCUUACCUUUCGCUGAACUAGUCGCUGCGACAAAUAUA